GUAGCUCAGUCUGUUCGUGGACGCGAGCAUGCGUGUUUCUAUGGAGAUACGCGUUACCGUCUCCAUUAGAGCGGUUACGGGAGCGCGGAGCGCAAGAGGUUCGCGAACAUAGUGGAUACCCGGCUUAAAAGUCAUGAGAUUUUAAACCGAAACUAGUAAACAUUUUUUUUAAAGGCGGCAACACUAUGUACUCUGUGACCCUGGUAAUCGGAAAAUGGAUUUUGAAAGAGUUUUUAAAUAUGACAUUGGAAUUGUGAAAGAAUUUUAAUUUGGGCUGCAUAUUCAUAAUAAAUAAAAAAUCCCAGUACAAAACAUUUUAAUAUUAAGGACUAUUUUAAUUAAGUAGUCUCGAUUUCAUCUAGGAUAACCUUUUUAGUUAUUUUGGGUUGGAUUAUGAACGUGAGCCCUAUCUAUGAAUAACAUUUACUUAACAUAGUUAACAAAAAUGCGUUUUUCGAGUUGCCUUAACUGUAACACUUUGCCACACGCGAAAUUUAUAAAGGAAUUAGAAAAAAAUUUCAUUCCCCACAGCGCUUUUCAAAAAACCUUGUUAGGCGUAGGAAGCGCAAUUGUUGCUCUCUUCGAUCCAUAUAGAGCAGAUAUGAUAUCAUGUAUGGGAGAAGUUACUGGCGGCAAUGCUUUAAAUUAUAUGCGGCAGAAAAUGCUAGAAACGAAUGAGGGUGCUGAAAUUCUAAGCGACAUGCCACGUAUAAACUCUCAAACAGUAUGCUUCAAAACAUUGUCACAAAUGCCUAGAAAUACACUGGGACGUGUAUAUGCUGACUUUAUGGUGGAAAACAAAAUUACGGCAGACUCAAGAUUACCUGUCCAUUUUAUAGAUGACCCAGAUAUGGCUUAUGUUAUUCAACGUUACAGAGAAGUACAUGAUUUAGUGCAUGCAACAUUAUUUAUGAAAACAAAUAUGUUGGGUGAAGUAACUAUUAAAUGGAUAGAGGGCAUUCAAACAAAGUUACCAAUGUGUAUUGGUGGUGGAAUAUGGGGUGCAGCUAGACUUAAACCAAAACAUAGACAGUUAUACUUAAAGCUGUAUUUACCAUGGGCUAUCAAGACAGGAAAUGAUGCAAAGUUUAUGCAAGGCAUUUACUUUGAGAAGCGGUGGAAUCAGGAUAUAAGUGAUUUUCACAGAGAAAUGAACAUAACACGGCUCACUGGUGCUUAGAAUUAGGUGCUUAUUAAUUUAUUUGUAUUUAAAUUAAAAUUAUUAUAUAUAAAAAAAUUAGUAUUUAAAUUAUUACAUGUAAAAACUGUCAUAAUAAAAUACUU